AUGGCAUCGAUGUGUGGCAGCAGCAAGAGCCACCCCGCGCUAUCGGCCAGCAGCUACUACCGGUCUGGGCCCUAUCCCUAUCAGAAUGAUUAUUAUCUGCCGGGCAGACCGGCGUGGUCGAGGGUGCCGCCUCAUUCGUCCAAGAAGAGUCACAGAAAUGCUAGGUGGAAAAUGGAUAGUGCACUGCUUAUUGUUGCAGCAAUUAUUGUUCUUUUUGCAGUAUUGGCUAUUGCGGGACUCGCACUGUGGCUGGGAGGCAUGCGAUCGGACCCAAAAAAUUCUAUGCUCGUGUUUUCCUGCAGUCUCCGAGUGGCUCGGGGCGAAAAGUAUAAUCCCAUGCUCAAGCUGAAUACAAGUGGUGUCUUUCGCGAAAAGGAACGCAAGUACAAAACCAUUUUCGAAUCCCUGUUCAGAAGGAGCGUCCUUGGGCCCUCUUACAAGCACACGUUCAUAGACAGAUUCGAGAAUGGCACGCUCAAGGUUUUCUUCAGGUUAUACCUGGAUAGGAGGAAGAUACCACGUAUUAUCAGCAAUGUUGAGGACACCAUACAAGAUAUUAUAGCUAAAGAAACUUACUCGGAGUCCUCUGUUUUCCAGGAUAUGGAGCUCGAUCUGACUAGCCUAACAGUUCGCAGGCUCAACACGGAGGCUUCCGAGCGAGUGCAGAAGCCCUCAGUCUCCCAGCAGCGAAACACAAUGAUAACGAAAAACGGUGUGAUGCGUCCCCCGAAUCGCACAAACCUCCUGACAAGUCCCCGAACGAAGCCAAAACCUUCCCGAAUCGAGCCAAACGAGGAGAGCAUCGAUCUCAGUAACAUUCCAACGAUUCAGGGCACAUACCAGGCAACCAAAGUUAACACAACGACCCGCGGCACCCAGAAAACCGAAACAAAGAUAGCAUCAGGUGCGAUAAGCAUAAAAUCGGAGUCCUCCCCGACCCCCAGCCCUGAUGCCCCCCAGCAAUCUAAAAAAACCGAUGCACCUGCAGCCAACAGACCCCACUCACCCCCUAAUAUCGAGAAGAUUGAUGAGAUCGAAGUGACUGGCGCAACAGUGACGCUGAGAAUUCCAGCGUCGACGAGUCCAUCGGCUGUCACAAUUCCAAAGACAUCGACAACAGAAGCUAAUGACCCGUUCAAGGUCUUCUCCAAGCCGGAGUUUGAGGAGUCCCCUUGGAGGCCGAUAAUACCGACAUAUCUGAAUACAGACAUGAAACUUCCAUCGCAAAUGCCCCAAAUCCCCCCGGAAUUACGAAUAAACCAGAACGCACAAGUGGUCGCGGAGACGGAUCACCGCAUCCAAUACGGAAUCGUCAAUGUGAAUCCCCCAAAUUUAUCGAACAUCGAGGGUAUUUCCCUGAUUACUGGGGCGCCAUCCGGGGACAUAGAGUUGAGCCUCCCUUCGGUGAGUCUGAGUCCCCUAGACAGCGACUUCGACUUCCCCCACGAUCGAAUCGUCCCCGAGGAGAUGGUCAACUUUCGACCGAAUGGUAAAUUCAAGAACAAGAUUCCAGGGGUUGACGAUAUCGAGAUGAGGCCUGAUCUGGAAAUCUCGGGCCAUUUACCCGAGGAGACGUUUGAUCUCCACUUGGGAACGGCUUCCAUCCCCUCGAGACCCCCAAGCGUCCCCUCGGUCUUCCCUCCCACGAGUCCCCCAGUUGUCCCCGAAAUCAUAAAAACAGGCUUCCAACCUCAGAGAAUAAAUCCCGGCCUCCCGCCAACCCAGAAAACCGACGCCACACCGACAUCACUAUUCCCCGGCCAACCCGGACCUAUAAAAAUCUCGGGUGUUGGGGUAGCCGAGCCAGUGUUGGACCUGGAGAUCGAUCUAGAGUCGAGAAAUAAAUUCUCGAGCAUUCUAUCCGCCGAUCCGACCGACGAUAAAACCAUGACAGAUCGAAAAGUUGAUCAACAACUCGUCCCCCCGGUUUAUACCAGUUACAGAACCCCAGAUUUGAAUGGGGGCGCUAAGCCCAGUCUUAUCGACAAUCCAGGGACUCUAAAGCCGUUUAAGCACACAAUCCCUGUUGAUAAAAUUAACCCGGGAAUCGAUGAUUCAACGACUCUAGAGUCUAAACCCAAAGCCGAGAAUGUAACGACAGACGAACCAAAAACGGAGAAACCAACAGAUCUUCCUUCCAUACAAGAAAUCCCCGCGAGUUUUCCUGAAACGCCUGAGCCCUCAACAAUACCUCCCCCAACGUCAGAGGAAAGCGAGAAAAACGACGAAAUUAUCGAGUCAACGACAGUAAGAAUAAUUUCCACAACUCUUCCUGAACUAGAGACAAUCGACGAGAAGACAGUUCCCAAGCCCCAAAUCCCCUCGUCGCCAGACGAUUUCCCCCGAAACUCUACGUUCAUCGCAGUAGAUACUGUCGAAUACACCCCAAAAAACCCUGAAAUGCCGGAGUCCUCGAUCUGGACGGCAACCAACGACACAUCCCCAGAGCCCAGUCAAAAGACCUACAACGACACCCUGAACGCAAACAUAGUAAAGAACAUUGUGACCUUGGCUCCAGCGAAAAGCAACACAGGAGUGGGUCGUCCAAUCCGCCCGCGGCCGAAAAUCGACAAAGAGAAGGUGACACGAGUCCUGGAGAAAUCCAAACCCUCCCAGAACGUCAGUCUGACGGACGAGGAGCUACUGAAGAAAUUGUUCGGCCUGCAGGAGCUCGUCAGAAAGUCCUCGCAGGAUCGAGACACCUCGGUCGACGGAAACCGCGCGAUCGAGAGCGUCGUGGAGGUGGUGACUUCGGUCAGCACUAGAGUCUCCACCAAAGUUCGAACGGACAAGGUUGUCCUGAGUUUCGACGUCACAAACUCGACGUCAGCCCCAGUUACAAGUGAUCCGCCUAGUGGGGAUGAGGAUGGAUCGAGCAUCGAGGAGAAUCGAUCCUUCCAGGGGAUUGCAAGCGGGGAUUUGUCGGACUCGAAGCUGUUCGUUUGGACGAAUGAGAAGGCUGAGGGCUCUAAGCCCCUGCAGCCAGUCGAUCGACGCAUCUCCGCUACUGAGGAGAAAGAAGCCCUUCUGGAACAAUUGAAACAGUUCGCGGAAGUCAGGGCUGACGAUGACGCGGGUUCCAAGAAGAGGAACACAACGAGCUCAGGGGGAUUGACGGGACCCCCGAGUCCCGAGGAGAUCGACAGUUCGUCUUUUUCUGGGAACUUUGACGAGCUGAAGAAGCUGGCAGCUGUUGUCACCGGAAACAAGACUGUCAGACCUGUGGGCUUGACGAGACCCACGAUACUCAGCAGGGAUGGAGUCGAGGUGCUGACGAAGGUUCUUCACAAAGUUGCAGACAAGUCAGACAGGCUUACCCUCACCACUGAGAGAAUUGACACGAAGGAGACCGAAUGCAAGGGCUUUCUCUGCAACGAUGGCAAGUGUCUACCGUCAGCUGGACGCUGCAAUAUGCUGGGAGAGUGCUCGAACUCGGAGGACGAGGCCAAUUGCACUUGUGCAGACUUUCUCAGGGCGCAGCAACGCGAGCAGAAGAUCUGCGACGGUGUCCCAGACUGCUGGGAUUACUCGGAUGAAACUCACUGCGACUGGUGCACGGAUGGACAGUUCGUCUGUGGUAACAGCAGAUUCUGCGUCGAUCAGACUAAGGUAUGCGAUGGCUAUCGGGAUUGUCCGGAGGGUGAGGACGAGAAGAAAUGCGCAGCGCUGAUUGAGGAUGAGGGGGGCGAAGGGGGAGGAGAGGUGGAAAAAAGAGGGGAAUCAGUGGAUGGGAUUAACGAGGGGAAGAAUGGGAAUGAGAGAGUGGUAUCGAAACCCUUAAUCAGGGAGGGAAUGGGAUACAUGGAGGACAUGAAACAUUCAGACGAUCAAUUAGCAUCGGAGACAGCUGCUUUGGAGACGACAACCUUGAGAAUUGUCGCGGCUGAAAUGAUCAGUAAGGAGAAGAAAAGUUAUGAUGAAUUUGGGGGGAAGGGUCCGAAGGUCUUCGGGAGGGAAGUCACUUCGAAUUCUAAAAAUCAUUUGAGUGAUUCCCAGAAGUCGCCGUUUCACGUGACCAGUGGGAUUGGAAUUAUGAUGGGGAAGCCGGAUUUGAGGCAGGAGAUCAAUGGGUACAGGGAUCAGGGAUUCCUCAGCAUCAGGAGGAAUGGAAAGUGGGGGAAAUUGUGCUUGAAUGGGACUGAUAGUUUAUUGGAGGAUAGGAGGACCUCGUGGACUGUUGAAGAUCUGGGGAGGGCUUUCUGCAAAGCGAUCACUUAUCAGGAUUAUGAGAGAGUGGAGAAAAUAAGGGAGGAGAGGGAUGAUGGCAGAACGUACUACAGUCUGUUUUUGAAUGACAGGAGCUCUGAUAAAGCCAGUCUCACGUUCAGGGCUUCGGAUUGCCCUAGUAGAGAAGUUUUGAGGGUCAAAUGCAAGAAUUUGGAGUGCGGGAUUAGAACGCAGACGAUGUCGCAAGCUAGAAUCGUCGGGGGUGGCAGCUCAACGGCGGGAAGUUGGCCAUGGCAAGUGGCACUUUACAAAGAGGGCGAUUAUCAGUGCGGCGGAGCUUUAAUCAAUGACAAAUGGGUCCUCUCGGCGGCCCACUGCUUCUACCACACGCAGAAUGAGUACUGGGUGGCUAGAAUCGGUGCAACUCGUAAGGGAAAUUUUCCGAGUCCACAUGAGCAAAUUUUACCACUCGACUAUGUCAUUCUCCAUCCGGAGUAUGUUGACAAUGGGUAUAUCAAUGAUGUAGCUGUCCUCAGACUCGAGAAACCGGUUACAUUUAGUGAUUAUGUCAGGCCGAUUUGUCUGCCUGAUAGCGAACCCAAGAGUGGAACAAGCUGCACUGUUACUGGAUGGGGACAGCUGUACGAAAUUGGCAGAAUAUUUCCUGAUACUCUUCAAGAAGUUGAAUUACCACUGAUUUCGACCGAGGAGUGCCGACGAAAAACUCUAUUCCUCCCACUCUACAGAAUAACAUCUGGGAUGUUGUGUGCAGGAUUGAAAGACGGUGGAAGAGACGCCUGCAUGGGUGACAGUGGAGGACCACUUGUUUGUCAAGGAAAUGACAACAGAUAUACUUUGCACGGUAUUACGUCAAACGGCUAUGGCUGCGCAAGACCAGGUAGACCCGGUGUCUACACCAAAGUCCAUCACUACCUCCCCUGGAUAGAGCGCACGAUAUCAUCGAGUGAUUUUCCAUCCUCGAUACCGAUGUGCAAAGGCCACCGGUGUCCCCUAGGCGAAUGCCUCCCAAAAUCCCGCAUUUGCAACGGUUUUCUCGAGUGCUCCGACGGCAGUGACGAACGAGACUGCAAAUUUAAAUAAAUUCAUCGUUUGUACUAUGAAGAGUUAUUCCUCACUGCUCAUCUGAGGUAGAUACCGAUGGACGUCAACUGCAUAAGGAAAUCAUGCAGUUCAUGAUCAUUGUAAAGAGAGAUAUUGAACGUUCAAUCGUUUGUGCAAUACGUAGACAUUUAACUCAUAAGACUGGCAGGAACCUACGUGCCCCACUAUUCAAUGCAGUAGCGAAGCGUCACAUCGAGAAGACACAAUUGCUUUGAGAAAUAUGUUUUUACUGGUAUAAAAAAACUCAUGGCUCGAAAAUUUUCAAUUCAAUUUUCAAACAUCUCACAUUCAAAAACAAAACGUUAAGCCAAGACAUUUUUUACUUGACGAAAAGGUGAAGGCGAUUUGUUCGUAAUCAAAAAGGGAGUUCUCAAACAAAUUAAACUGAUUUUUGCAUUAAAUUAUUUUAGAUUUGGGGCUAAAAACUAUUAAAUGAAUUAAUUCAACUUUACUUGGUUUCAAAAAUCGUUUUCUUCUCAUAAAUGUCGUCUUUCGAACUAGUCCAAAAUGUCUUGACGAAAGUUUUUUUUUUCUUAGUGCAAAAUAUUUAUAUAACUUCUCGAAAAACAUUUGUUCUUCUCAGCGCAAAACGGUUCAUGUCGACUAGCUCCGAGCUGAGUUUUUCAGAAAUAUCUCCGAAUGUACGACAGAUAGUGAAAUUUUCGACAAGACCUCUUUUGUAGUUCUCAUUUUGCUCUACAAAAAUGUCCUUAGAUAAAUUCCUCUCCCUUCAAUUCUAAGAUAUUCAUCGAAAAUCAUCCUCUGGAGGGAAUUUACUAGAACCUUUUUACCGCUUCUCUGCUGAACGAUCAUUGAAGAGCUCUGGGUGUUCAUUCAUCAUCACUGUUUAUAUUUAUACCAUUGAUGAUUAUAUAAGUAAUUUAAUAAUUGCAGGAAUUCUAACGUAGAUAAAAGAAUUAAUGUAUGAUUAUUUGUGAUAACUUUUUUAUGCUGUAAUUCUCAUGGAAAUUAAGACCUGUCUCGCUGGUUUUCAUCGAGGAAAAUCACUGAGUCACGUGCGCAUAAUUUCCCCAUAAUUCAU